AUGGCAACAAUGAAGGCUCUUGUCUACACAGGACCUGGUACGGUCGAAGUACUUGAACGUCCUAAGCCGACGAUCCAAGACCCGACCGACGCUGUAGUACGUCUGCUACAUGCCUCUAUCUGCGGUACGGAUCUGCAUAUUCUCAAAGGAGAUGUCCCGAGUGCAAAGCCGGGGUUAGUCUUAGGUCAUGAAGGAGUUGGGAUCGUGGAAGCUCUCGGCUCAGCUGUUCACGGAUUUGAAGUAGGGUCGCGGGUUCUCAUAUCUUGUAUGACUUCUUGCGGCCAGUGCCGAUACUGUCAGAGAGGAAUCACCGCGCACUGCGAAACCGGUGGGUGGACGUUGGGCAAUGAAGUCGAUGGGACACAGGCUGAGUAUGUUCGUGUACCCCAUGCCACGCUUUCCCUUCAUUCUUUGCCUACUUCGAUCCCUUCCCGCGCCGCCGUGGCCGUAUCCGAUGCGUUUCCAACGGGUCUCGAAUGUGGUGUUCUCAGCGCGAAUGUUCAGCCUGGUUGUUCGGUGGUGAUCAUUGGAGCGGGACCGGUUGGAAUGGCCAGCUUGAUGACCGCGCGUCUAUACACGCCUGCACUUAUUGUAAUGGUCGAUCUGGAUGAGACGCGCUUAUCCACCGCGCGAACCCUUGGCGCUCACGCUACGGUGAACUCCGCUGCCCCUGAUGCUAUCUCGCAGCUCAUGGCUUUGAGUGAUGGACAUGGAUUUGACGCAGUGAUUGAGGCAGUGGGUAUACCAGCGAGUUUUGCACUGUGUCAAGAGUUGGUUGGAGUCGGAGGAAUAAUUGCCAAUGUUGGAGUGCAUGGGACGAAAGUCGAUUUACAUCUGGAGAAGUUAUGGGACCGCAAUAUCAGUAUCCACAUGUCCCUGGUAAAUGCGACGACGACUCCCCGUCUCAUCCGGCUGGUGGAAUCAGGGUUAUUAGAUAUUGGUUCUUUGGUCACACAUCAUUUCCCUUGUGAUGAAGGCUCCAAGGCUUAUCAAACAUUCCAAGCCGCAUCUCAGCAUCAAGCGCUUAAAGUGGCUAUUGAUUUUUAA